UGUUUUUAGAGAGUUAUAACUCUAUGACUGUUGCCUAUCUGAUGGCACUGGUGCCUGGAGUCAUGACAGCUCGCAGAAACCACCUGACAAGUAGGAUCAUGCUGGCUAUACUCCAGAAAAGUUGAAAAAAAACCCAUUUAAUUUGGGGAUCUAGGGACUUUCUCUGGCUUCGGCAGGUUUUGGACCUCCCCUAUUGAUUUAGUAUAAAUACAGUUCAAAGUAAAAGAGAAACAUAUAAGGUUGCUGAAUAUUCUUCAUAAACUCUCUGCAAAAUGGCAACGGUACAGCUACAAUGGCCAAUGGCCUUACCUGUUAGACUCCACGAUUGCCCCAGAGGAGACCCACCGAUCCCUGUUCCGUACGAUCCAACAUUCCUGAACGCAACUCACGCCUCUCUUCUGGUUGUCCAAGACCAUAAACCGACCCGAUCCUCCCGUUUAACUGUCACCGUGCUCAACGGCUCAGACGGCAAAAGAGUCCCAUUGGUCCUCAAGAGCACAGACACCAUCGGCAAACUUCAGAAGAGGUUCCUACUGAAGCAUCCUGACCUGACGGGAAGCCUGAACCUCGCCUACAAUGGCAAACCCGUCCAGGGGCACCAGAGCCUGGGAGAGCUGGGGGUGAAGAAUGGGACUACCUUCAUCACCUUUCAGAGGUGUCGUGGAGGGUAGAUGUGGAGCAAUAGAUGUGGAGGAGGGCUGUUUCCGUUGAUCUUUCCCUUGGCAUACAAUAUGAACAAUAUCUGUUAAUGAAUUAGUGAUCUAUAAAGCAUAAUUGCAUUAGCCAUAUCAGAUGUUCUUUUUGCACUACACGGUAGAUUCUUUAUUGAUUAAAAUACCAACCAAAGCGAUGCUGUAGCCUAUUGAGGGAGUAUGCACAAUGAAUAAUAUCAAUGCAUCUCUGUCCUUUCUUUAUUUUAAACUAACUAUCCAGUAUUUCCAAACUUUUAUGAAAUACGAUCUAUCAUUACAUACAAUAUGAGUGAAAUUGUUUUCCUUCCAGAAAAUGGUAAUUAAAUAUGUUAAAAAGCAGAUUUUCUGUGUUGGAAUGGUGUGGGCGUACACCAACAGAAUGGUGUUGGCGUAUACCGUUCACAAAAAAUAGGAAUGGGAGUAGACCACUGAUUGGCCAGAUUAUCCUCCUCAGGUUGAUAACAUCCUUUCUACAGUAUGAGGAAAUACCAAACGUUUUUUAAACGGCAUGUUUGAGAUACCUCAAACUUGUAUGGUUUUUAAAGUGUUUUUUCCCCUCCAAUUUAUGCUUUGACCACAAAUGCAAGUAUUGGACGAAUGAACAGCAUUAUUUGGGUAUGCGUUAAGAGAAUAUGAACUUUUAAAAGUGAGAUUUUCACUGGGCAGUUACUUUAACUCCACCCAGCACAGCCGGAAGAGGACUGGCUAUCCCUCCGCUCUAGGUUUCUUCCUAGGUUCCCGCCUUUCUACAUCUGCAUUGCUUGCUGUUUCGGGCUUUAGGCUGGGUUUCUGAAUAAGCACUUGGUGACAUCGGCUUUCUAAAUGCAUUUGAUUGAUUGACUGAUUUAACUGUCUUGCCUAGUACUAGCUAACAAAGUGAACUAUAAGCCGGUCACCAAUCAAUGAGUUAUUUCACCACGUUAAAUGCACCAUUUGUGAGGUUUUACUGAUAAUUUUGAUAAACCAUUGUCAUUUAAGAGUGGGCUACUACUGUAUCUAAAAUAGUUUUGUACUGAUUUCAUACUUUAUUGUAAUUUUUUUUAAUAUAUUUGUGCAAUAGAAUUAUGUUUUCAAUGACAACCAAUAAGGCUAGCCAAUCAGGAGGACGAUGAACAAAAUAAAUUAUGUUUAAACAUAUAUAUUUUUAAUUUUAUCUGCAUAUAUGUACAUUCUAUUCACCGUUAAAUAAAUACCUAAAUAUUUCAAGUGUA